AUGGUGGCCGAACAUUUAACCAUUCGCAACCUCACCACAACCCCGAUAACCCUCAAGCUUAUUGAGCGUUUUCACCCCCAUAAGGAUCCUCGAGAUGACAUGCAAUUCUUGGCCAGGAAUUUCACUCGAAUUCUAAGUAAUGUCACUCGCACCAAUGAGACUGUCGCCGCGAUUACGGAUGACAAUGAACCAUUUGCUCACGAGGAGGUUGAUAUUCAUGUGGAACCUUUCCAAACAGUUCAGACAGAACUUCGUACAUUCAUUGAUUCGGACAAAGAGCGCCUGCGCUGGAGCUUUGAAACCGAGGGAGAGCGUCAUCAAAUUCAGACGCCGGUUCCUACGACCGAGUCUGCCGGAAUGAAGGCGUUGUGCGAUAAUCCUCGAUUUCGCUUCACUGGCGUCUACGUGACACCUGAAUCCCAUCUUGCAAUCUACUCCUCGGCCAAUCUGCAAGCGUGGAUGGGAGAGCUCAAAGAUAGCACGUUGCUCUCCUCGCUGUCCAUUCCAGGAACACACAAUUCUCCUACGUGCCAUGUUGCGGCCCCGUCUGUUCGCUGCCAAGCUGUCAGUCCACGCGAACAGCUCCGAAAUGGUGUUCGCUUCUUCGACAUCCGUGUGCAGCCUCAGUUUCUCGAAGACCCGUCCAAGGACGAGCUUGUCCUAGUGCACAGCGUGUUCCCCAUCUCCUUGACGGGCAACAAGUACUUUCGCGAUCUGAUGCACGAGGUCAAUGAGUUCCUCGACCAAAACCCAUCUGAGACGCUCAUCAUCUCUCUGAAGCGAGAAGGCCCAGGGAAUCAUACGGACGAACAACUUAGUCGGAUUUUGCGCGACCAUUAUGCUCGUCCAGAUAGCCGGUGGUACACAGAGCCCAAAAUCCCUACUCUGGGCGAGGUGCGCGGGAAAGUUGUCCUGCUUCGCCGGUUCAACAUCAUAGAAGAGCUAAAGAAUGAGCACGACGGCCGCGGCUGGGGCAUCGAUGGGAGCGAUUGGGCAGAUAAUACUCCAAGCGCAACCUGCAGCAGCGGUCAACUCUGUAUUCAGGACUUCUACGAGGUUCUCGAGGCGAAGAACAUCGACGUCAAGAUCAAAUAUGUAACGGAACACUGUGAUCGCUCCGGCGGGCACUGUUACCCGUUCGGUGUCCUCCCGGAUCCCGAAGCUAGCAAAGCGCACCCAUUUUAUAUUAAUUUCCUCAGUGCGAGCAACUUCUGGAAGGUCGGGACGUGGCCCGAGAAGGUUGCAGCGAAGCUGAACCCGGCAACCGUUGACUAUCUUUGCCGGAGACACAGCGAUAAGGACGGUGACUGGUCGACCGGCAUUCUUGUCACGGACUGGGUCGGCCACGAAGGCGACUGGGACCUUGUGCGGUGCAUUGUGGGCAUGAACGCUAAGCUGAAGAUGAGACAGAUGAGAGAGGAGGAACACUCUUAA